AUGGACAUUAAGGGCUCUACUAUGAAAAUGCCAACCGUUGGAUUGAUUUUAUAUUUCGUUUUGGUAUCUUCCCUACCAUACUUUGUUAAAUGUUCGGAUCAGAAAGCUCCUGGACGAAUCCUUCCGAGCCUAACGCUUUUACCACCGCGGGCCAUCCAAAGCAGCGAAACAAAUUCACCUAUUAAUAUAUUUGACACAGCAAACAUAGAAUCAAAUAGCUACAAAGGUUUAGUUGGACGCCCUGGUAUUGACUUUCCAGUUUUAACACACAUCCCUCGUACAGUAUUUCAAUGCGAAAACCAUGGUAAUGGAUACUUCGCCGAUCUUGAAACACGUUGCCAGGUAUUUCACAUAUGCGAUGACGGAAAGAAAAUCUCAUUCCUUUGCCCGAAUGGAACAAUAUUUCGCCAGUUGGAUCUGAUUUGUGACUGGUGGUUCAAAGUGGACUGCGCCUCAACACCAAAUCAUUAUGCAGAGAGCACAGAGAUGCUGGUACAAGCAACACGAGCCCGACUUCAAAGCAAGCAUCCCAUUGCCCAGCCUAUCAAUCCGAAUGAUCAACGUCUGCAAAUCGAUCUGCAAUAUAAACGACUGCUAUUGGACAACAUGUCUUCACAACACUCGCAUCAACUAUCAGCCGAGAUACCAAUCGAAAAUGAAAUGAAAUUGAAUCGGCGGAUGGAUGCAGUACAUUUGGAGGAACCUGCAAUAGGAAACUUUAGUGGAAUUGUCAAUCGUUUUCGUAGCCGAAAAGGCAGAACAAAGAAGCUAUUUACAUCCGGUACCAGCGACUUACCAGAUAGGUCACAAAGUGCAUCAUUUGCAUCGAUCGCUCAAAAGAUGUUCGACACGUAUUACGACAAUGAUCAAAAGCUUGUGAAGAUCAGUGGAAGAUUCGACGAAAGACCCGAUUCGGAUUCAAACAACACAACGGAAGAAAAAAAAUCUAAAGAAGCUGCUAAAACCAGCAACAAUAAUAACGCUCUCGACUAUAUACCGUAUACAACGGCGCGUAAACUGAAUUUGAAUGGCAAAUUUACGCAAUUUUAUUCUCCAACUGUACCCACGUUCCUCACCAGAACUGCGGUGACCACUAACAAUGGCAAUGAUAGCAGAAAAUCAACAUCAAAAACAAAAAAUGCUGAAACUGUGGACAAACAAAGUUAUCGACAACGUUCCAUAGAUACGCAAGAAUCAGUUAUGGAUCACGCAAUGGAAAUUAUGAAGACCAUUGAAAGUUUAAAAAUAGAAGAUAUAAUCAAAAAUGGAGAUGCUAAAGUCUUCGCUAAGACGUUUAACGAUCAAAAUCCUAAGACUAAUAAUUCUAGACAAACUUCUGGGCCAUCAGAAGUUCGAUCUGAACAUUAUUUAUUGCAUACACCAGCAAUAAACAGCAAGCUUAAGCAGGACUCAGUAGAGUUUUCUUUAUUGAACGCGGAGCGUCACAAGCGACCAGCUCAACGAAAAUUAGAUAUCGAUGUCGGCAACAGACCAUUGCUCACUCGAAAUACACUGAAUGCGUAUGAUCGUCUUUUCUAUUCUAAACAAAUCGAGAAGCACACUCUAAACAAUAACACAGGAAAUGAUCUGACCUACAUAGAUUCAACAUUAGAUCAUGAUUUAGAAGGACAAGCCAGUCGGUAUCCCGUGCUGGGCAUGACAAACUCCUCACAGAUACGUGAGUUGGCGCAGAUUUUUACACAUGCACUAUCUGCAUACUUGCAAGAUCCGAUCGCUUUUCGACAAAUCUUGACAGAAAUUCGGCCGAAAGCUCCGACAGUUUUUACAAUAGUCGACAAAAGCGACACAUUUGGUGAAGUAAUAGAUACUACAACUAGUUCCCCAAACAUUGCUACAGUCUUUUAUGCGCCAUUGAAAGUAGAAGAAAAUUUGGAAUCGUCUGACCUCUCAGACACAAUAACUCCAUUAGCGACAACAGCUUCUUCCUACUCCACUCUUCCUACUGAUUUGACAACAACUCAAUUUCGAGUCGGUUCACAACAAAGGACUUACAACUCCGACGCAAUAAAAGAAGGUAAAAGUUUAUCGAUUCAGCUUAUCACAAGCCGACGGAAUGAAUUAGCAGAUGAAGUGAACGGUGAGUUAGGUACGCAAUCUUCUACUAAUUAUUUUGAACACGGCAGUACUUACGAUAAGUUACGGAAAACCCCACAUAAGCUCGACUCUUUGUAUACUACAGCGCCAUUGAACGAAGGGUCAUAUAACGUAUAUUCUGAUAUGUACACUUCCAAGAAUUACCCCGAUUUAUCCACUACUACUCAAGUACAAUCGUCCACAAGUGAAACGACUGAGACCGUCACAACAUUCAAAUCACUUCUAAGGCCUCCCUUGAAAAUUUUAACGCAAGCUCUAGUUUUACAAACACCAAAAUCAACAACCAUACUGGAAGACGACGAGGAACUGCAGAGAGCUCAAAGUGGUUCUAUCCUUGGAUCAUCACAACGCAAAAAAAUAUAUGAUCGGCAUGAUAGCAGUAAAUAUACAAUUAUAAAUUUAGAAAACUUUAAACAUGCAUAUGCUAAUGCUGCGGACACAACAACUAUCAGCACAUCACCUUCUACGGUUGGAGUUAAUAGCUUUCAAACAGUUAAUGAAACAACUGUUCCACAAAAUCACUCUCGUUCUACAACGUCGUACACAGUAAUCUUCGAUCCACUUACUAUCAACGAUGAGUUGAUGGAACUUCACAAUCCAAAUCCUACUAUUGCCAAUCUUCCUGCUUCGCACCAAAUUAAUCAGUAUAUAUUGAACGAUUCUUAUAAGAGCAAAUCUUCGUUGGUAUCGGUCACUGGAACACAAACCCACCAACAAACUACAGCUUCACCCUCCUGGUCUGGAACAACUUACACUGACUUUGCAGAACCGGACCUUGCCGGGAUGCAAAAAAAAGCGAACGAAAUGUUUGGUGAUCUGAGUGACGCACAAGCGAAUAAGUUGAUGAGUGUAAUGAAAAUGGCGGAUACCGAUACAUCAAUGAGAAAACUAAUUUUAUUGUUGAUACGUACAUGCGGCGACGAUCCAUCGGCUUCAAAUGAUGAAUCCCGCAAGGCUCUUCUUGAUGCACUUAUUAACGUAGAAGGUGUAAACACAAAUUCGGAUCCUCUGUCUUAUCGCAAUGAAUUUAUACUUACCCGUGAUGCAGAACAUCGACAAGGACGAUUGCUCGCGGAUGUAAUAUCAAAUGGUAAUGCAAAUGGAAUGAAUAUAACUGGCACAACGGAAAACUAUGCUGCAUCUAAUGACGUCCAAUUAGAAAAUAACACAGCCCACGAAAGUAGCGAAGUGUAUGCUGAUGAAGAGGAAUUCUUCAAAUCACAACAACAAACAUCAAUUUACACAACGGCGGCUACAACAAUCAUGCAAUAUGCUUCUUACGAUGCAGAAACUAGCUACUUACCAAUGGAUAGCACGCGGGAAGGUUUGCCAAACAAAAGUGAUGUUAAAGAAAGAACACAAAUUACAACUCAACUACCACCUGACUUUCAAACAACAGCUGAACAUACCACGACCGAGCCUACAACCGAAUCUACAAUAGCCUAUGGAACGACAGGAUUAGUACACGAAAAUGUAUUCCCAACAACGCGCAUCGGGGACGUAUCUAUUUCAUCAGUAGAAUCUUUUGAAUCAAAUCGAUCGGAUGUAGAAAAGGAUCAACAUAUAUCUACUUUCCACCGUCACCCGAAAGAUCUAAAUGAUUCUUUUGGAGACCCCUCAAAUAAUCCGAGGGUCAAUCAAUUUAGCUCGUCGCACCGUUCUGAUACGCGCGCUCUAGAACUACUAAAGUCACUUUACUCGUUAGCCGCUCGUUGGGGUUGAUGUAUAUGUUUUUCGAUAAUUUUCCGUAAUUUUCCGUAGAUUUUUUAUUUAAAACAAUUAACGCCAUCAUUCUAUUCAGAAAAUAUCAGCAUUAAAAAAUAACAGUAAUCGAGCCAGAGAGUUUGCCGAUUAUUCAAAAUGAGAACAAUGCGUAUUUAAAUACGACAGAGAGAUUGUUAAAAAAUGAAAAUGUUGCCUUUAUGGUUUUGUAGUUUUACAGACACAGCUUCAAAGUCUCUACAAUAACACAACAACAACUGCAGACACAGCUUUGAAAGACGACGGUGAAAGAUGACUAUAAUGUAUAUGAAAGGAAAUAUUCAAAAAACAAACAAAUGCAUGUGAGAUAUGAUGAAACUGAACGAUUUUAUUAUCCCCAUGAAUAAUUCGCAAAUAAUUUUUUCAUCGGUGAGCAUUGUAAAGCGAAAACGAAAGCGAAGUUUUCAAAAGAAAACGAAGACAACCGUUCGCCUUAAAAACUCUCCAUUGCCCCUAUUUACCAAUUUUCCCCAUCAAUGAAAACCUUUCUAGCACGGAAAAUGAUGAAAAAAACAUAUUUUGUUAAGAAUCACUGAAAAUUGAUGAAAUAUAAAUAUUUAAUUGAUGGGUUUAUUA